GACAUUCUAAUACUGUGAGAAAUAGAGAGAGAAAGUUCAUACCAAAACACAGAGAGAGAAAGAGAGAAGGAGGAGAGAGAGAGAGAAAGAGAAGGGCAUUGAGAAGGAGGAGAGAGGGAGAGAGAGAGGAGAGAGAGUUGGUAUUGUAAUUGUGUGUGUCUGGGGAGUGUAGGGGAAGAUAGGGGGCAAAGUUUGAGACAUUUUGGUCUAUCAUCGCUCUUCUUCUGCCUCUUUGUUCCCCUUUCCGGCCACCUUGCCGGCCACACUACCCUCCAUUUCUUGCCGACUUCUCAUCGGAGCUGAUCUGACCUCACCGAUAAUCGAGGAAAUUUCACUUCUUUUUUCAUUUCAUCAGCUCACAGAACUUCCAUUGCCGUCGCCGAGAUGAACCUCUGAGAUUUUUCCUCCCAUUUUAUCUUUUUUCUUAAAAAUAAAAAUAUAUAAAUUCGGUCGGAGUCGCCGGAGAGAGCGAUGAAGGCGCCGGCCAACGGCGUCGGAGGAGGAGCUGCCUCCGCUGCAGUCGCCGCUCCUCCCAAUCCAUGCGAUGGGACGGAAAAGAAGAGCAUAAACCCGGAACUAUGGCAGGCGUGCGCCGGGCCGUUGGUAAACUUGCCGCCGGCUGGGACCCACGUCGUCUACUUCCCUCAAGGCCACAGCGAACAGGUAGCAGCAUCUUUGAAGAAGGAUGUGGAUGCUCAAAUUCCGAACUACCCGAAUCUUCCCUCGAAGUUGCUGUGUCUCCUUCACAAUGUCACUCUGCAUGCCGACCCAGAAACAGAUGAAGUAUAUGCUCAGAUGACACUCCAACCUGUUCCUAGUGUCGAUAAGGACGCAUUACUGAGAUCUGAUCUUGCUCUCAAGUCAAAUAAGCCUCAGCCAGAAUUUUUCUGUAAAACUUUGACAGCAAGUGAUACAAGUACUCAUGGAGGUUUCUCAGUGCCCCGCCGUGCUGCGGAGAAGAUUUUCCCAUCUCUUGAUUUCUCCAUGCAACCACCUGCUCAAGAACUUGUUGCCAGGGAUUUGCAUGAUAACGUAUGGACUUUCCGCCAUAUAUACCGUGGACAACCAAAACGCCACUUGCUUACCACAGGAUGGAGUCUGUUUGUCAGCGGAAAACGGCUUUUUGCCGGUGACUCUGUUUUGUUCAUCAGGGAUGAAAAGCAACAUCUUCUUUUGGGUAUUAGAAGAGCAAACAGGCAACCCACCAACCUGUCUUCAUCAGUAUUGUCAAGUGAUAGUAUGCAUAUUGGAAUACUAGCAGCUGCAGCUCAUGCUGCUGCCAACAAUAGCCCCUUCACAGUUUUCUACAAUCCUAGGGCUAGUCCAUCAGAAUUUGUUAUUCCUUUGGCGAAGUACUACAAGGCAGUGUAUGGCAAUCAAAUAUCACUUGGCAUGCGUUUUCGUAUGAUGUUUGAGACUGAAGAGUCCGGAACAAGAAGGUAUAUGGGUACAAUUACUGGUAUUAGUGAUCUUGAUCCUGUUAGAUGGAAGAAUUCACAAUGGCGCAACUUGCAGGUUGGUUGGGAUGAGUCAACUGCCGGGGAAAGGCGUAAUCGGGUCUCAAUUUGGGAGAUUGAACCUGUUACUGCUCCAUUUUUCAUAUGUCCACCUCCAUUCUUCAGAUCAAAGCGUCCAAGGCAACCGGGAAUGCCAGAUGACGAAUCCUCCGACUUGGAUAACAUGUUUAAAAGAACAAUGCCUUGGCUUGGUGAUGAUAUUUGCAUGAAAGACACUCAGACAUUUCCUGGCCUAAGCUUGGUUCAGUGGAUGAACAUGCAGCAGAACCCUGGGCUAGCCAACUCCAUUCAGCCAAACUACAUGCAUUCCUUUUCGGGUUCAGUUCUUCAAAAUCUUCCUGGAGCUGAUCUUUCUCGGCAGUUGGGCUUGCCGACACCUCAAAUACCUCAGGCUAACAACUUACAAUUCGGUUCCCCGAGGCUACCUCAGCAAGCACUACCGCUUGAUCAACUCCCAAAAAUGUCGUCCUCGUUGAGCCCUCUAGGAUCUAUCAUACAGCCACAACAACAGCUGAAUGAUAUUGCUCAGCAACCGAGACAAAAUAUGGUUAAUCAAACUCUACCGUUGAGUCAAGUUCAGGCGCAAAUUUUGCAACCUCAGACUCUUGUUCAAACAAGUAAUAUACUUCAGCAGCAAGCGUCCAUGCAAAGCAAUCAGCUUCAGAGAAGCCUCUCUCAGAACCAGCAGCAUCAGCAACAAAUUACGAGCCAGAGCCAACAGCAAAACGUAAUUCAAUCCCAGAUCCCCGAUCAAAUAAACCAACAGUUGCAACAUAUGUCUGAUAAUCAGCUUCAGCUUCAGUUGUUACAGAAGCUUCAGCAGCAACAGCAGUCAUUUUUAGCUCAGCAGUCUUCACUGCAACAACCCACACAACUCACGCAAAUCCAGGACCAGCAGAGACAACUGUUAGAUGCAUCCCAGAGCUUCUCUAGGUCUUCGACAACAAGUCAAAUCCUGGAGAUGCCGCAAAUGGUCACGAACUCGCUCCCUCAGUCAAACACAAUUGCACAACAAAUGACAAAAAGCAACAUCAGCCAAACUAAUACUCUAUUCCCUCAUACCACUCAUCAGUCAAAGCUUCAACAGCAGCAACCUGGAAUGCUGUCCGAAAUGCCUGGGCAUAUUGGACUUCCCCCGAACCCGAUAACUAAUCAAGUUGCUACUGGUGGUAGCAGUGCAGUGACGGGGGCUGUGGGAGCAGGACAGUCUGGUAUAACUGAUGAUGUUCCUUCUUGUUCGACGUCACCAUCUACAAACAAUUGUUCAAAUGUAGUGCAACCAGUUUUGAACAGCAGGGUUCAUCGAAGUACAGUAAUGCCACAAGACAUGGCCCAGUCUGCUACCACUAUUUUGAGUUCCAGUGCCCUGGAAACAAUGUCAUCUAGUGUUAGCUUGGUUAAAGAUUUUUCACAGAAGUCUGAAGUUAAGCCUUCAUUGAACAUCCCUAGGAGUCAAAGUCAAGGUAUCUUUACUCAACAUACAUAUCUGAAUGGUGGUGCUGCUGCCCAAACAGAUUACUUGGACACAUCUUCUUCAACAACUUCAGUGUGCCUUUCUCAGAACGAUAUGAAUUUACAGCAGCAGAACAACAACGGCUUGCCUUUCAAUCCGCAACAGAUGCUGUUUAGAGAAGCUAGUCAAGGUGAGGAAGUUCAGGUGGAUCAGAGAAACAAUGUCUCUUACGGGAAUAACAUCAAUGGACCGUUAGGCGGGGCACCUUUGAAUCCUGAUCCCAUGAUGACCAAGGGAAUGGUGGGGUUAGGAAAAGACUUUGCGAACAAUCUUUCUUCCGGAGGCAUGCUUGGAAGCUAUGAAAAUUCCAAGGAUGCUCAGCAGGAACUUUCUUCUUCAAUGGUUUCGCAGUCAUUUGGAGUUCCGGACAUGACAUUUAAUUCAAUUGACUCGACAAUCAAUGACAGCAGCUUCUUGAAUAGAGGCCCGUGGGCACCAGCACCACAGUUUCAGCGCAUGCGGACGUAUACCAAGGUUUACAAACGUGGAGCUGUUGGGCGAUCCAUUGAUAUCACUCGCUACUCCGGUUAUGAUGAGCUUAAACAAGAUCUGGCUCGUAGAUUUGGAAUAGAAGGACAGCUAGAAGACCGACAGAGAGUAGGGUGGAAACUUGUAUAUGUGGAUCACGAAAAUGAUGUUCUGCUGGUCGGAGAUGACCCUUGGCAGGAGUUUGUGAACUGUGUCCGCUGCAUCAAGAUCCUCUCCCCACAAGAAGUCCAGCAGAUGAGUCUGGAUGGAGACUUCGGUGGCAACGGUCUUCCAAAUCAAGCCUGCAGCAGUUCAGAUGGUGGGAAUGCAUAAUGUAGAUAUUAGCAAAAGUGUCAUUCUUCCACUUCGGAGGCGUAAAUCAUUCCGGCGAAUGUGCUGAUACGUUUUAACAUGGAAUGAUGCCACAGCCGGGUUUCCCAGUCACUACCUUGCAGGGGGAAACAAAUUACGAAGUGAGCAAACCAACUGCUUAGGAAAAAUACUCCAGCUCUGAGAAGAUAGGCAGAGGUGAUUCAUAAUUCAUUGACGGGGGAUUAGAGUGGAGGGCGGGUUGACCAUGUAGUUAUUGGUCAUGAAUUUUUAGAUGCUGGGAAUACUAAUUCUAGUUGUUUCUUGUUUUUACUUUUUUGGUCUUUUGCCAGAUUUGAAAUACUACCACUUAAGUACAUUGUAGAAAGAAAGUUGAAGCAUAUAUAAUUUCAAGGGCAAGUUGUUCUGAGUGUGUAAAUUUGUAGAUUUCUUGAAUGAAAUUGGCUCAAGUCAAAAAACUUACAUGAGGCAAUGUAUGUUCAGAUUUUGAAUCAUUGUGCCUUAGAAUUUCCACGUGUAUAUAAGACUGACAAUCAAAAUUAUU